AUGAUCGCGCCCAUGUCCCAUGAUGACCUGCCGGCCUUCCCAGAAGGAUUGCCGUUGGCUCCCAUCGCCCGCAUCUCGCACAAUAAACUCCUCCAGAACGAUCCAGCGGAGGCGGAGAAGGUCUUAGAGGCUUGCAGAACUCAUGGCUUCUUUUACCUCGACCUCACCGACACCGACGACGGCCAGACCCUGUUGGGAGAGAGCGAAGACCUCCUAGAGCUCGCCUAUCGCGCCUUUGACUGUCCCGUCGAAGAAAAGCGCAAGUUCGCCCUCGUCAAAGGCGUCAGCCUCUUCGGAUACAAGGAAAAUGGCACCGUCAAAUUGACCGACCCAGAAAAGCGCCCCGACACGACCGAGUUCUUCAACGUGUCCAAAGACCACAUGCAUGGCAUCACUGAAAGCCGGACCUAUCCCUCGACGAUCACAGACAACAGAGAUCUCUUCAAACAGUUCACCCGCAACGCGCACGAAACCUGCAUGCUUGUCCUGACCACACUGGCGAAGCAGCUUAACCUUGCGCCCGACGCCUUUGCGAACAAAAAUCUCUUCAGUGAGCCCUCGGGCGAUCACUGCCGCCUAACGCACAAAUUUGCCCAUUACUCCGACAAGUCUGCCAUCGGUUUACCCUCGCACACCGACUUUGGGUCCAUAACGAUGCUGUUCAAUUGGCUGGGCGGGCUUCAGAUCCAGUCUCAUGAUCCAGCCAAGAACCGCGAGUGGGAGUACGUCAAGCCCAUGCCCGGACACGCCAUUAUCAACCUCGGAGACGCCAUGGUCACCUUCACGAACGGGCUGCUCAAAUCAGGCAAACACCGCGUCAUUCCAGCGCCGGGUGAGCAGGCCAGCGUGGAUCGGUACAGCGUCGUGUACUUUGUGAGGCCGCACGAUUCAGUCAUGAUGGAACCGCUUCCGGAGUUUACCAACUUGGCAGCCCAUUUGAAAGUCGCGGGGAAGUUUGAACCCGAGGGCGGCAAGACGCUCACAGCAGGGGAGUGGAUGAGACAGCGGUCGAUUCAGCUUGGAUCGUGA